GACUGGUUAUACUGGUUUGGACUGGUUUGGACUGGUUUAUACUGGUUUGGAAUGUGGGACACUGGUUUGGACUGGGAGGGCACUGGGAUGGACUGGGGGGGUCAGAAGGGGCUUCCCAGUGCUGGGCAGGGGCCACCAGCGCCUCCUGGGACAGCUGCUCAAGGUACACUGGGUUAGACUGGUUUAUACUGGUUUAUACUGGUUUAUACUGGUUUGGAGCGGGGACACUGGUUUGGACUGGGAGGGCACUGGGAUGGACUGGGGGGGUCAGAAGGGCUUCCCAGUGCUGGGCAGGGGCCACCAGCGCCUCCUGGGACAGCUGCUCAAGCUGGACGUGCAGAUCAUCCUGCAGGGGGCGCCCCGUCACGGGGGCCGCCCCCUGGGGGCGUACCUGCAGUACCUGGAGCACCUGGGGCAGCACCGGCCCCCGCCCUCGGCCUACGAGCUCUACGCCCGCGGCUACGAGGACUACCUGCAGAAGCCCCUCCAGCCCCUGAUGGAUAAUUUGGAGUCGCAGACGUACGAGGUGUUCGAGAAGGACCCCAUCAAGUACUGCCAGUACCAGCAGGCCAUCUACAAGUGCCUCCUGGACCGCGUGCCCGAGGAGGAGAAGGACUCCAGUGUGCAGGUGGUGAUGGUGCUGGGGGCGGGCAGGGGCCCCUUGGUGGCGGCCACGCUGCGGGCGGCGCGGCAGGCGGGGACCAAGGUCAGGGUCUACGCCAUCGAGAAGAACCCCAACGCCGUCGUCACGUGAGUCAUGAGGGACCCCAGACCCAAAUGGGAUCAAUUCUGAUCAAUUGGGAUCAAUACAGAUCAAUGGGGAUCAAUAGUGAUCAAUAGUGAUCAAUGG